AGUCAAUAAUUAUAAUUUGUCGAAUAGAAUCAUGUAUCUGAGAUACGUUAGUCUCUUGUUUCCGUUGUUUUUCCAUGAAAUUAGUGGCAUUCCCAAUGAAAAACCAAUAAUAAUCAUUGGUGCUGGACCUGCUGGUAUCGCUGCAGCUACAAGACUUCUGGAAAAUGGCAUCGAUAACAUCCUGAUUCUCGAAGCUGAACCAAGAAUUGGAGGUAGAAUCUACUCCACCAAAUUCGGUGACACUAAUGUGGAUAUGGGUGCCAUGUGGUGCCAUGGUCAAGAAGGCAACAUCGUCUGGGAAAAACUGGUGGAUAUGAAUCUGACAGAUCUUGUGCGUUCCACUCAACAUCCCCGAACAUUCCAUAUUUCUUCGAGAAAAGAGCUUGGGAAAGAUUUCGAACAGAAACUUUAUGACAUUAUGAUGGAAAUCCUGGAUUCCGAACAAGCUGAGGAAAAUGAGAGUGUUGGAUUCGCCUUUGGAAAAAUAGAGAAACUCAACUACGCUAGAGCAGCCAGCAAGUGGCUGGAGCAUGUUACGAUGAGUAUAGAAGGUUCUCUAUCAUGGUACGAUUCCAAAUCGAAAACCACCUAUGAAGAAUGCGGUGGCAACCAACACCUCAACUGGAGGGGUCCUGGCUACAAAAUCUUCCUCGAUAUCCUCAUGAAAAAAUAUCCCACCGGCAGCAAUCCUCUUCCAAUCGACGACAAAAUUCUACUCAGCAAAGAGGUGACCAAAGUCCUAUGGAACCCCGCAGCGACUAGAAACAGGGUGGAGAUAGCUUGCGCGGACGGCUCUUCAUACGUAGCCAGUCACGUGGUGUUCACCCCUUCGCUGGGGGUACUCAAAGAAAGAGGGGAGGAGAUGUUUGUGCCUAGGUUGCCAGAGAGGAAAAUGAUCGCGAUUAAGAGAGUCGGGAUGGGUGCAGUCAUGAAAGUGUUCCUGCACUAUCCGAGGCGAUGGUGGCGAGACGAGGUUGCUUUCAAUUUGGUUUGGGAUGAGAAUGACAGGAAGAAUGUCCGGAAUGAAUUCACACAAGGACCUUGGAUGUUGAAUGAUGUAAACAAUAUAUACAAACUGAAUAAAAAGCCAAAUAGUCCUAUAAUAGUGGAAUUCAUCUCAUACCUGAAAAAACUAGAAAUCUACCAAAACAAAGAAAAAUUGAGAAACUUGAAAGGAUCGAAUAUAUCGAUAUCCAACGACCUCUGCAAUAAAGACCAAGAAGACCAAAAGGUGCUCAGACAGCAUCUUAAGGAAGCGAGACAGAAAAACAAGAUAGCAAGAAUUAGAGGGAAUAGAAUUGAAAUUGAAGGCCAGUGGUUUACAGUAGAAGAUCUGAAAGAAAAUGAAUCAGACAUAGAAUACGAUAGUGAUGAAGACAGUGAUGAAGAUAGCGAGGAAGAUCAAACAUCAGGUGAUUGUAAAAUAACUGGAGCAAACCAAGAAAAAAACACCACUGAAGUCCAGCAACAAGUACAAAAUAAAGAAGACGGAAAUUCAUCAUCAAACAAGAAGAAAGAAACAAAUAAGAAUGGAGAAUCAUGGAUAACUCGUCUAUAUUCCAUUGAGAUGUUGGAAGAAAAUCCCAAAGUAUUGCUGGUAUGGAUUACCGGAGACGUAGUGCCUGCUUUGGAGAAUACGGAUGAAAAAACUCUACUAUCUGGGAUAGAAUUCACCCUGAAAAAGUUCCUUGGUCAUCUUUACGAUAUACCCAAACCAGACAAGGUUUUGCGCUCAAACUGGUAUUCCAAUCCACACUUCAGAGGAAGUUAUUCCUUCCAAUCGUUGAGCAGCACAGACAACAACAUUCCGGAUUUGUUGGAACCACUUAGAACCUCGAAUGGUUCUUACAUUAUACAAUUCGCGGGGGAAGCGACCAGCCCUACCCACUUCUCAACCGUUCAAGGAGCUGUUGAAUCUGGUUACAGAGAAGCAGAUCGUCUCAUUGGACUGUACAAGUAUCCUUUGCUAAUUAAUUCCCUUGUGCAUUGAUUAUUCAUCAAUAAGACGUUUGUAUAAUUAUUAUUAGAGAAAUAAAACUACCACAUGAGUUGCCUC